AUGGAAGGUGCUCGAGGGCAAGAGGAGGAGGGCGAAAAUCACCAACAAGACGAACAUGCAGGACAGGUUCGUGUGACAUUCCGCGGUGACGAGAAGGACUUCCUGCAUGUUAGCCGCGAAGUCCUCCAGUUGGCUUCGCCAACGUUCAAAGCUCAGCUAAAUGAAGUGUGGUCAGCAGGAAGCAAUAUUAUCAAUAUCGACCGGGAUCGCACGGAAUUCGAAGAGAUGUAUAGGUGGAUCAACCCAGCGACCGCCGCAGAUCAAGACAUGGAUGAUGACAAACUCUUGUUCCUGACGGACUGGUCCGACUAUUACCUUAUGACAGCGUUGGGGAAUAGAUGUGCCAAGUUCAUCAAUGCGCAUCCCGCCCCGAACAUGAAAGUCAUGGUAUCGGCGUACAAGAUGUGGAAGAGCAAGUCUGCCAACAUAGAGGUCACAGAGGAACGCCUGGACUGGUGCAUUGAAUACAUCAUCAGGAACAACCGGAGAGGCCUCCGUCAGCUUCAUUGGCCUUAUUGUUACGAACAUAAUGAACUCAUGCAGAAAGUCAUGCAGGCAUGUUUCAAGAGACUGGAUGGCAUGUGA